AUGUCCAAGACUUCUUCCAAGGUUGCCGAUAAGGGCAGCAAGGCCAGCAAGGCCUUGAACAAGGUCAAGGAUGCCGGUAUCACCAAGGCUUCCCAGUCCCCCGCCGCCAAGAGCAAGGCCGUUGCCUCCAAGAUCGCCUCCAAGGAGAAGUCCUCCAAGAAGAGCAAGAAGAAGGAGCCUACUCCCAGCAGCUCCUCCGAGUCCGAGUCUGAGUCUGAGUCCGAUGAGGAGAUGAAGGAUGCUUCCUCCAGCUCUGACUCUUCUGACUCUGAGUCCGAGGAGGAGAAGCCCGCCCCCAAGAAGGCCGAGAAGAAGGUCGCCGCCAAGGCUGAGUCUUCUGACUCUUCCGACUCCUCCGACUCUGAGUCCGAGGAGGAGAAGCCUGCUCCCAAGAAGGCCGAGAAGAAGGUCGCCGCCAAGGCUGAGUCUUCUGACUCUUCCGAUUCCUCCGACUCUGAGUCCGAGGAUGAGAAGCCCGCUCCCAAGAAGGCUGAGAAGAAGGCCGAGUCUUCCGACUCUGACUCUGACUCCUCCGAGUCCGAGUCUGAGGCCAAGAAGGCUGAGUCCUCCGACUCCGAGUCUGGCUCCGACUCUGACAGCUCUGAUUCCGACUCCGAGGAGAGCGAGGCCUCUGCCUCCAAGAAGCGCAAGGCCGAUGAGGAGCCUGCUGCUGCCGCUAAGAAGUCCAAGACCGAGGAUGUCCCCGAGGGUGCUUCCGCCAACCUCUUCAUUGGCAACCUGUCCUGGAACGUCGAUGAGGAGUGGCUCCAGCGUGAGUUCUCCGAGUUCGGUGAGCUCUCCGGUGUCCGCAUCGUCACCGACCGUGAGUCUGGCCGCUCCCGUGGCUUCGGUUACGUCGAGUACAACAGCGCUGCCGAUGCUGCCAAGGCCAUGGAUGCCAAGAAGGGUACCGAUCUUGAUGGACGUACCAUCAACCUUGAUUACGCCACUGCCCGCCAGUCCAACCCCCAGCAGGGUGCCGACCGUAGCCAGGCUCGUGCCCGCUCCUACGGCGACCAGACCAGCCCCGAGAGUGACACUCUUUUCGUUGGCAACCUUCCCUUCAGCGCCACUGAGGAUGCUCUCCACGAGGUCUUCGGUGCCCAGGGCUCCGUUCUCGGAAUCCGUCUCCCCACUGAGCAGGAGACUGGCCGCCCCAAGGGCUUCGGUUACGUUCAGUUCGCUUCCAUUGAUGAGGCCAAGGCUGCUCACAAUGCUCUCCAGGGCCAGGAGCUCGAGGGCCGUGCUAUCCGUCUUGACUUCAGCACUCCUCGUCCCCAGGGUGGUGACCGUGGUGGCUUCGGCGGCCGCGGUGGUGGCCGUGGUGGUGGCCGUGGAGGUUUCGGUGGCCGUGGCGGCGGUGGUGGUUUCGGUGGCCGUGGUGGUGGUGGCCGCGGUGGUCGCGGUGGCUUCGGUGCUCCUCGCGGCGGUGCCCUCAACAAGGGCAAGGGCAGCAUUCCCGAGUACAAGGGUACCAAGGUUACCUUCUAA